GUGUGAAUCCUGAAUACUGUAAUAGAUUAGCUUUAGUAUCUAAACACCUUAAUUCUUCAGCUGUGCCUACAAGCCAAAUGCCAUUAGACCUAACUGUUUAUUUAAAGCAAGGCGAUUUAAGAGCAGGCCGGUCUGAAGAACGCUCCUGUCUCCCCGGGACGACAUUGGCGCAUUUGUAAGGCAAUCGCGCGUUCACGAGGCCGUGAAGACUGGGGGCACACGUACCAUAUACCCGGACAACCUGUUGAGCCCGGCUUGUUUCUGUGUAGACGGGUGGAUGCCUUGAGGGCUGUGUAGUGUGGGUGUGGUGUAGGUUUAGCAGGAUAGGACAGGACUAUCGACUCCAUCAAUUUCGAAGGUGUUUCAGGGUGCCGACUGACGAUGUACCCAGGAAUGUUGCUACCGUUGGUAUGCGUGGUCCUCUGCUGUGUAACGCCAUCACAGCAGCAAACGCAAGGUUUUCAGUUGGAUCCUGCUGAUUACAGCAGCAACACGGGAGGGUUUGCCUUCUUCCAGCUGAUUGUAGCCGCUGGAGUCACAGGAGAUGGUACCUGGUACAGAAACAACGUCGCACUGAGCCAGGACUCCAUCAAGAUAUUCAUAACAACCUCGGGUGACGUUAGACAAAUCGUCAUUCAGAGCAUCGUGGCGGCAGACGCUGGCACCUACACAUUCCGUGUAAAUAACUUUGAGGUAUCAGCUGUCCUCACUGUAGACGGGAAUACAGGGGUUACACCUGCCAUCCAAACUGGACUACAGAGCUUCAAUGUAGCACCGGGAACAACAGUGACCUUUGAGACAACACUCUCCCAAGCAAAUGUCAACAGCGGAACGUGGAGAAGGAAUGGAGCGGGGCUAACAAGCUCUGCCAAGUAUCAGAUCACAGUGGUAGGACAAACGCAACGUUUGGUCAUCACAAACGUCCAGUCCUCUGAUGCGGGGCAAUACACCUACCAGGUUGGCUCUCUGACAACAACGGGAACACUGACAGUACAGACAGCGCUGAGCAUACUUAACGGACUGCAGAGCUUCAAUGUAGCACCGGGAACAACAGUGACCUUUGAGACAACACUCUCCCAAGCAAAUGUCAACAGCGGAACGUGGAGAAGGAAUGGAGCGGGGCUAACAAGCUCUGCCAAGUAUCAGAUCACAGUGGUAGGACAAACUCAACGUUUGGUCAUCACAAACGUCCAGUCCUCUGAUGUGGGGCAAUACACCUACCAGGUUGGCUCUCUGACAACAACGGGAACACUGACAGUACAGACAGCGCUGAGUAUUCUUAACGGACUGCAGAGCUUCAAUGUAGCACCGGGAACAACAGUGACCUUUGAGACAUCCCUCUCCCAAGCAAAUGUCAACAGCGGAACGUGGAGAAGAAAUGGAGCGGUGCUGACCAGCUCUGCCAAGUAUCAGAUCACAGUGGUAGGACAAACGCAACGUUUGGUCAUCACAAACGCCCAGUCCUCUGAUGUGGGGCAAUACACCUAUCAGGUUGGCUCUCUGACAACAACGGGAACACUGACAGUACAAACAGCGCUGAGUAUUCUUAACGGACUGCAGAGCUUCAAUGUAGCACCGGGAACAACAGUGACCUUUGAGACAUCCCUCUCCCAAGCAAAUGUCAACAGCGGAACGUGGAGAAGAAAUGGAGCGGUGCUGACCAGCUCUGCCAAGUAUCAGAUCACAGUGGUAGGACAAACGCAACGUUUGGUCAUCACAAACGCCCAGUCCUCUGAUGUGGGGCAAUACACCUACCAGGUUGGCUCUCUGACAACAACGGGAACACUGACAGUACAAACAGCGCUGAGUAUUCUUAACGGACUGCAGAGCUUCAAUGUAGCACCGGGAACAACAGUGACCUUUGAGACAUCCCUCUCCCAAGCAAAUGUCAACAGCGGAACGUGGAGAAGAAAUGGAGCGGUGCUGACCAGCUCUGCCAAGUAUCAGAUCACAGUGGUAGGACAAACGCAACGUUUGGUCAUCACAAACGCCCAGUCCUCUGAUGUGGGGCAAUACACCUACCAGGUUGGCUCUCUGACAACAACGGGAACACUGACAGUACAAACAGCGCUGAGUAUUCUUAACGGACUGCAGAGCUUCAAUGUAGCACCGGGAACAACAGUGACCUUUGAGACAUCCCUCUCCCAAGCAAAUGUCAACAGCGGAACGUGGAGAAGAAAUGGAGCGGUGCUGACCAGCUCUGCCAAGUAUCAGAUCACAGUGGUAGGACAAACGCAACGUUUGGUCAUCACAAACGCCCAGUCCUCUGAUGUGGGGCAAUACACCUACCAGGUUGGCUCUCUGACAACAACGGGAACACUGACAGUACAAACAGCGCUGAGUAUUCUUAAUGGACUGCAGAGCUUCAAUGUAGCACCGGGAACAACAGUGACCUUUGAGACAUCCCUCUCCCAAGCAAAUGUCAACAGCGGAACGUGGAGAAGAAAUGGAGCGGUGCUGACCAGUUCUGCCAAGUAUCAGAUCACAGUGGUAGGACAAACGCAACGUUUGGUCAUCACAAACGCCCAGUCCUCUGAUGUGGGGCAAUACACCUACCAGGUUGGCUCUCUGACAACAACGGGAACACUGACAGUACAAACAGCGCUGAGCAUACUUAACGGACUGCAGAGCUUUAAUGUAGCAACGGGAACAACAGUGACCUUUGAUACAUCCCUCUCCCAAGCAAAUGUCAACAGCGGAACGUGGAGAAGGAAUGGAGUGGUGCUAACCAGCUCUGCCAAGUAUCAGAUCACAGUGGUAGGACAAACUCAACGUUUGGUCAUCACAAACGCCCAGUCCUCUGAUGUGGGGCAAUACACCUACCAGGUUGGCUCCCUGACAACAACGGGAACACUGACAGUACAAACAGCCCCAGUUAAUGGUGGAUACUCCGAGUGGACACAGUGGAACGGCUCCCCCUGCAGUGUCACCUGUGGAACUGGACCGAGCGUUCCGCGGACAAGGACAAGAGAGUGCAACAACCCCGUCCCCAUCAAUGGCGGUCAGCAAUGCACAGGGGAAAACUCAGAGAUACAAUUUCAACCCUGUACAUUUGCCUUAUGUGUUGAUCCAGCCAAUCAUCUGUGCAGGAACGCUCAGAACAGGAAUGGCAUCGGAUAUCGACGUCAUCCUAUGGACUGUGACAAGUACGUGCAGUGCUACUACAACCCCAACGGCAACAUCAUCGGUGUCUACAGAACCUGCCCCACCGGCUACUACUGGGACCAGACCAAUCUCAAGUGUGACGAAAACUGGAAGGUCACGUGUCCUCUUGAACGAUGCACGGGCAAAUGUAAACCUCACUACAAGAUGGACGGCGGUUGCAGGUCCUACUGGGAGUGUUCCAGAGGAAGCUCAGUCGCCAAGUGUUGUAACCAAGGGUUCAUGUACGUGCAGGAUGAAGGAUGCAGACCCAACUUCUUCUGUCGUGACACCUGCCCUUCGUCCUGUGGAGACUCUGACGUAUGUGCUAAGGUCCCAAACUGGGACAACGAUAUCGCCACCUACAACGUCACUGUGGGUUUCCUCGGCGUGAUGGCGACUUCAUGUCGGUUCAGCUCCUACUUCGACGUCUCAGACUGCGGAUGCAGCUUCCUCGACUCAGGCUGUAGUCCUCAAUAUGACCUGACUUUCAAUGAUCAGGGAGUUCUGAAUUUUGCCCGUGCAGCGUAUCUGUCAUACAGUAACGUCACUGUUGCCAACGGCAUUGCCACCUUUAACGACAACAGCAUGUUCUUUGCCAACAUCUCCAUCAGCAACAUCAACACCACCCAUCAAAACGUUGUCCGGUUUCGUUACCGGGAGUCUUCCUCAUCCGGAGAUCGUCGUGUUCUUGUCAGUGGUAGCAACUGCGGGAACAAGAACAGCCUCGUUAUCGCCAUUGAUAAUGAAUACCUCACAUUUGAGGUGAUGUCCCGGUACGGCAACACUGUUAAGCUGCCAAUUUCAACAGCGGGCAUGUCGAGAUAUUCCUGGAAGAGAGUUACCAUGAUAUACAGUGGCUAUGACAUAGUUGCUUCCAUAGAAUCUGAAAAUAUCAAAUAUACAGCCCGAGUGUAUGCAUCCGAUUCCAACAUCAUCGAGUGUGGACUGCGCUUUGGAUAUGAUGGGUCCGGAACAUCAGGAGCGAAAUUCGUGGGAGAACUCGAUGAGAUUGCGGUUUAUUCCUGUAAUCCCGGAAAUAUUCUUUGAGAUUUUUAUAACAAACAUGAGUUCGAAAAUUCUAAAUAUCAAACACGAUGACAUAUUUUUCAAUUUCAUAAUUACAUGUACAAAUGCUGCAAAAUGCAAAAGCACACCCAUGUCAAGAUUCGUGUAUGAACAAUGUUCGCUGCUGGUAGUAUAGUAGAAAGCACAUAUUCAAAUGUCGUUGAUGAAGCAUCCUUGGAUGUCUCAUUUACACAUGACGUAUCAGAUUCAUCUAGAUAUAUUGUACAUACACAUGGACCUAUUGUAUAUUAAUGGCUGUUAACUUGUUCACUUACCGCUCAUGUUUAAAAGUGUAAGCUAGUUUCUUUACGCAAAAAUAUUUUCUCAUAUACUUUUCUAAAUAUAUGUAUACAUAAAAAUAAAAUAUAUUUUCAAAAGUU